AUGAAUGUUUAUCAAUUUGAUUGGUCGAGAACUACAUUCACAUUUGAAGAGUUAGCGGCAGUGCCUAGGUCUAUACAACAGAAUUAUCACGUGUUACUUGAUGAGAGUAAGUGUGAUUAUGGGUAUUUUCAGACUCUUCAUGUUCCUUGCCGUCACAUUCUUACAGCUUGCUCUCAUGCACGACUUGAUUGGAAGCGGGAGAAGAGGGUAUAUUAUAUCGUCAACUCAGAUAGUCAUCUCUCCGCAUGGCAAAUGAAACGUAUGGGACUCAGCCCCUUGGUUUCUUUCUCCCUUUCUCCCUCCCUUUCUUUCAUUCACAAAACUCAGCCAAAAAACCCUAGCACUGUAAGCCUAGCCUACACACCACAGCAGACGCCCGUCCGUCUAUCUAGCUUCCCUCGUGCUCCAAGUCUUCGACCCCUGUUCGCUGUCACCGAUCGCAGUUGCUUCCUCGAGCUCGGCGUCCAUCGUCUUUGUCUGUUCAGCCGCGCUUCCGCCGCCGUUUGGUUGCCGUUCACGUUCGCGUCUUCGUUCAGCCGUCGUCUUCGUUCGCGUUCUUCGCUGUUCAAGUUUGCUCGGCGUUCACCGUUCGCGUUCACCGUUCGGGUUCGCAUUCGCGUUCGUCUGGAAGCCACACAUCACUUUUUUGUGGUCAAUGCUCAUACUCUGAAUGUUGUUCUGUUUUGUUUUAAGGCUGUGUUUGGAAGAGGAAAUUCUUUGAGGUAUAUAAGAAUUAAGAAGGAAGAUUAUUUCAACGUUCCGCACGUCCACCGCCGAACACAACGGCAGCCAACGAAGAGUACGUCACUCGUCACUCCCCUUGCCGGCUCCUCUGCCUCAUCCCCCUGCUGCCAGUGUCUGCUCGCCUCUGCCUUCUCCGUCUGUGACGUCCCGGCCGCCUUGGCUCCAUCGUGCCUCGCCUGUCUCUGCCUUUGCUUCCUCCGUCGUCAUCGCGUUGGCUCCUCUGCAGGCUCUGCCCUGCUCGUGUUGAAGUUCUGCGCUCUCUCGACGGUGGCCUGCUCUGCAACGGUGCAACACUGCAAAACGACCCCAAGUUGGAAAACCUCACCUGACUCUGUUUCUGACUUUCUGCUUCUGCAGUGUAGGUGUUACACCCAUCUCUUCACUGCAGCUGCUGCUAAGUCUUCUCUCUCCUUCGUUGCUGUUGAUAUGUACAUGUCUCUCCCGCGAGGCUGCAACCUUGGAGCUUGCUCUCGCUGUUGCUAUGUAAUGUCUUCUGUCCAGAAUUUUUUUUAUGCCCCCUGUGAAUUCACGAUGUUGAAUGACAUGAUAUAUGUUUUGUAUUUUGUAGGUUUGCUUAUGUGUGCAUGGAAACACAUGAGGUGGGCUUUGUUUGUUCACAACAGCAAGCCACACCACCAGGUCAUGAGAGUGACAAGACUGCUAGCUCGUGUCUUCUUGUCUCGCUGCUACGCAUCAUCCUGUCAUUGUUUGCAGUGGGGUGGUGGCAACAACACCAGCAGUAGUAGUAACAUCAUCAAUGAACACAAAACUAAACCAAAAACCAAAAUGGAAUUGGUUAUGAGUAGGAUUGAUGUUGUGCAUUCCACAGUGGCCAGGUGCCCCUCUGACUUGAUUACCCUUUCCUUUUUUAUCUGGACUGCCCAUCGCCAGAAUUACUAUAAUGAUUUUAAUUAUAAUUACUCUCAUGAUAUCCGUGCCCUUGAUUACAUGGUCCCAGUGCUUCAACGUCUCACCAACCAUUACAAAACCCUCCAAGUUAUUCUUUUUCAGUUGGAGACUAUAGGAUGUGUCAUAAAACGUGCAACUUACAUCCUCUUAUUAAGGAUUUUAUGGCAUGCCGAAAUGCAUCCCAUGGUGCUUGAGGCUUAUCACCUGAUGCAAGUUUCGGGCUUCGAACCUAAUACAUUUGCUCGUAAUAUCCUCAUGGACGUUCUAUUUAAAAUUGGCCAACCCAAUCUCGCAUUGAGGGUUUUCCACCACACGCAAGCCCCAAACUUCUUCACCUUUAACUAUGCACUUUGUCAUCUAUCUAAGUUAAAUGAUAUUACUCACACCGGUUAUGUGUUUCGACUCCUGUUGAGGAUGGGCUAUUAUCCCAGCAUUCCCAUGUUUGAGAUGCUUCUCAAUUGUUUCUCUAGGAUGAAUGGAUUACUUCAGGUGUAUCAAGUGCUGGGUCUCAUGAUUUCUUUAGGGUUUGAAUUGUCUGUUAACAUUUGGACGAUUCUCAUCCAUACAUACUGUAAAGUGGGGAGACUUGAUGUUGCUCGCAAUCUGCACUUGAAAAUGUCUGGAAGUGGUUGUUCCCCCAAUGUUGUGACAUAUACAAUCUUGUUCAAGGCAUUUAUGCAAUCUGGCAUGGUCACUGAAGCCUUAGAUUUGUUAAAGAUCAUGUUAUCUACUGACCAAAAUCCGGAUUUAAUUCUUUGUAAUGUAUUAAUUGAUUGCCUUUCAAAGGUUGGAAGGUAUCAGGAUGCAGUUGAAGUUUUUGCCAGUUUGUCAAAACAAAAUCUAAAACCUGAUUCUUAUACCUUUACUUCGUUGUUGUCUACAAUUUGUCUUUCGGGAAAGUUUUAUCUAUUACCCAAGUUUAAUCUAUUACCCAAACUAGUCUGUGGAUAUGUAGAUACUGAUUUAGUGCUAUGUAAUGCACUUUUAUGCUCUUUUGUUAAGGCUGGACUUCCCUCUCAUGCAGUUGAACUCUAUAAUAAUAUGGUUGAUAAAGGUUUUACACCAGAUAACUAUACUUUUGCUGGAUUACUGACUGGACUUUGUGCUUCGAGAAGAAUUGAAGAAGCAGUUAAUGUUUACCGUGGUCUUUCCAUGAGUUACCCUGAUGUUGAUGCUCACAUCCAUACUGUGAUAAUAGGAGGGCUUGUCAAGGUUCGUAAAUAUAACAUGGCUGCUGAUGUUUUUAGAUUUGCAGUAUUGAAAAAAUAUCCACUUGACGGUGUAGCAUUCGGAGUUGGCAUAUAUGCACUACUUAGAUGUGGAAGAAUUCAAGAGGCCCGUGCAAUGUAUGACCAGAUGAAGGUGAAUGGUCUUAGACCUGAUGGUCAUACAUUUAAUCUGAUGAUUUAUGUAUUUUGCAGAGAAAAAAAUCUUCAAAUGAUUAAAGUAAUGCUACAAGAGAUGAUUGAUUUUAGGGUUGAAUUGAGUGACAGGAAUUUAUUAAACAUAUCUAAACUUCCAUGUGGAUCAGAGACAUACUUUUCUACUUUGAACUUGUUGUCUAAGAUGAGAGGUUUAGGAUUAUUAUCUGCAAAGGUGUUGCACUCAUCAAUCUUAAAUGCACAAACUGAAGGUGAAGAAGCAAAAGAAAAAGUUUAUACCAAAUCUGAAUCGGAACAGAACUUACUUUCAUAUUCAUCCAGUUCUGAAGACCUAUCAGACAUUGCUGCAGUUUGUUGAGCUCUUAUGCUUAACAUGCAUCCAAUUUCUUCUUGAAGGGCCAUUCAAUUUACUUAUCCUGAAUAUAUCAGCACACUGGUAACAGUAUGUACAAUGAUAGAAGUUUUGCAAUGGCAAGAGGAGCGUCAAAAAAGCAGCUCGUCAAUUUCAUUGUGUUAACAGUUUCCUGAGGUGAGCGUGGUGGUUUGCAUUGAUGAUAAAGCCAAAACACCUAUCCGAAAGCUCACAUUGAGCGAGCUGCUAUUAAUACCCCGGUGCAGGGUAAUGUAGCAGAUGAUACCGAACGCCAUGUUGGAAGCUUUGAAUAAUAAAGAGUUGAAGGAGCUUGGAUGGAACUUAUUUCUAUGGUGAAGAUAUGACAAUUCAGGACCAACCAAUUCAGCUGAGGCUGCAAGGGCCAUAGUUGUUGAGUGCAUAUCCAAACACAUCAAUGGCAAGAACAUUCUUAAGGUUGACCUCUCUUUUGAUGCAAAGUUUUCUCAGAACUGGUAUUAGAACACUCCAUGAUACAGCGUGAAGGGCCAUGUCUCUAUUUGGUAUAGAUAUUACCCUAUUUUGGCUGCAUGGUCUGUCGGUUAUUGCUAGUAAAAGAGGCUGCUAUGUUGGUGCAUUUGUUUUUGAAGGAGAAAGUAAUGUCUUAAAUAUUAUCUUUCUUCUUGAUUUCCUUGGAGGCUUCUGGAGUUGUUCGAAUGUUAUGUAUAUUCUAGUCAUGCAAAAGCGUAGAGCAUUUCUCUAAGAGAGCAAAAAUGCCAUGUUACCUGUCUCUGCAUUUAAAUCUUCCCCCUUUGUUUCCCCCUUGUUUUGAAAUCCAAGUGUGUAUUCAUAUGUGUAUAUAUUGAUAGGCCAUGAGUGUGAGAAUGGGUACAUUCCAUUUUCUAAGUCUCAUUUGUAAAACAUACAUUCUUUUGCCUUCUAAUUAGUUCAAUCAUGAAUAAUAACAAUUGUGCUUCUUCUUCCAA